AUGCAUUCUCACUCGUUUGCAUUCUCAGACGCCAAUGGCUUUGAGGCUGAACAGACCGAAACGCCCAUGCUGGCGGUUAGCUGUAAUGCUAGGUUACGUUUUUCAAGGAGCUCCAGGACGCUCACUCAUUCCAUCACAAAGUACACGUCAACGGCAUGCGACAAUGGUCCCGGCCAGGGAAGGUACUGCCUUAAAGGUCUGAUCACCAACAUCAGUAAACCUGUCACGACUAAGAUCAGUCCCAAUGGAAAGAGCUAUGUCUCUGGUUCAUGGGGCAAACAGGCGCAGAUGGACAGUGAUGAGCAGAAGACCAGCCAUUGGGUUCAGUCUCUGAUCAGCAGCCACAUCUGGGGAAACACUCUGCUCAUAUACCAAACCUUUGACGACUUCAUGGCCUCUGUCAACCACAAGAUCUUUACCUUUGCUCCAUCCCACAACCAUGCAAAUGCGAUUGAGGGUCCCAGUGCUGUCCUGUAGGGUGAAGCACUGUACUAUCACUGUUACCGCUCUGCAGAUGUUUGCCGCUACGACCUCAAAACAAAUGACGUCAAACGUAUAACACUUCCAGGCAACGGAGUGGGUUUCAACAACAAGUUCCCGUAUUGUUACUAUGACUGCCAGGCCAAUAGCGAUGUAGAUAUAGAGGCAGAUGAGACAGGUAUAUGGGCCAUCUAUGCCACUGUUGGUAACCAUGGUAAUCUAGUGGUGAGCCGCCUAGUUUGGGACAGUGAAGGUGCAACACUCAAUGUCUCACAGACAUGGGAAACAAGGCUUUUCAAGAAGGCAGUGAGUAGUGCUUUUAUGGUGUGCAGCGUGCUUUAUGCCACCCGUUAUGUGGACAACACUCUUGAAGAGGUUUUCUAUGCGUUUGAUCCCGCAACAGGCAAAGAGGAAAACACACUUUCAAUCUCAUUGGAAAAGGUGAGUAAAGGAGUAGCCAGUGUGAGCUACAACCCCACCAACAGGCAGAUCUACAUGUACAAUAACGGAUAUCUACUGGCCUACCAGGCCCACUUCUGAUGUGGUGCAGUUGUACUCGCUAUUUCUUAUGUUAGCCAUGUUCAUAUAACACAGGAAAUGAGCAAAGCUGGAAACAUUUCAUCAGAGGCUAUUCAAGCGGUGU